AUUUUGCAACUUGAGAAUUCCGAAUAAUUUAUGAGUAUUACUUAGAUAUUAUUUAAAUAAAAUACUUUAACAAGCUUAGUAAGUUUUGGUAUUUUAUUUUAAUAAUAUAGGUGAGAUUAUUUCUUGUAAAAUAACAAGAUAUUUUAAUUAGUAACGAAAUUGCCCGCAAGAGGCGCUAAACGGAUAAAAUUAAUGCUUGUCCAUUUGAAUUUCCCGCCAAAUGGUGAUUAGUUAACACAUCGCUCGCAAAUGGCGUAAGGAACCAAAUUUUUACAGUGAGUUGCCUAUCUAUCUGGUAAUACUAUAUAUUAUUUAUCUAUGGUUUGGACCGAAGGGUUAGGCCUUCCUCCUUUCAGACCGCCUGCGCCCAAUUGCAAUCUGCCCAGUUUAUCAUUAAAUAAAGGUGAAGUGAGACUAAAUGGUGUGUAGGUGUUACGAAAGUAAAUUUAAGUACAAUUAAGGUGUGGCUUUAAUACCUAUAUUCACAAAGAAAAGGCCUCUUUCGAAGCUAGUAAACUGCAGGCAGAGGAAAUAAAUAUGUUGGUGGCAACUUUUAUUACAUUUAAAGCCACGAAUUUGGCUUUGGACUCUCAAAUUGCAUCGAUCUAUAGCUGUUUUGCUAAGUCCAUAAAAAAAUUGGCAUUUUCAAGGUCUACCCUUAGAGUAAAUUUUUACCCAAUAAUUUACUACAGGUAAAGCUGUUUGCAGAAAUAAAAAUAUGGAUGUGAAAGAGGAGCCAGUAGACACAUUCUUCAAAGAAAACUUUACAAUCUCAGAAAAUGAAUUGAUACAAUCUUUAAAUACUAAAGAAGAAGACACAAUUAGUAACAAUAAAAUGCAUUUACAGGAGAUAAAAAACAUUAAAGUUGAACUGGAUGAUCAGCCUUUCAAAACAGAUAUUACUGAGGAUUUCUUCGAAAACUGCAUAACUGUGAUGAAUGGGUCUGAUGUACAUAAUCAUCAUCUAAACCUUGAUACAAAAUCGGAAAUUUUAAGUGAAAAUUUUUAUGUGCCUUCUAUUAAAACUGAAAUAGAUAUUCCCGAUUUCAUAGGAACACAGCCAAGUUGCAGUAAACCUUACAAAGAUGUAAAAUAUAAUAUAAAGUUAGUUAAGAAGAGCAUCCAUGAAUGUCCAGUUUGUUUAAAAAGAUUUCCUUCACUUUGGAAAAGGAAUAAGCAUUUUAAUAUACAUUUUGAUUGGAGGACAUCCCAAAAAAAGAAGAAAGGCUUCAAUCUUCGUCUUAGGUCAAAUAUAGUCACAUGUAACCAUUGUGGAAAAUUAUUUACACAAAGAAAGGAUUUUCUUCUUCACAUGAUCAAUUAUACAACUAAUGGAGUUGCUACAAGCAAAGAGAUGUUGAUUCCUGGUGUUACUGAUUCGAGUCUAACAAAUUCUGCAGAACUAAAACCGUUCAGGUGUGAAAUUUGUUUGAAACAAUUUUCGAGGAAAAACCAUUUGUCCUGUCAUAUGCAGAGACACGAUCUGAAGGAAAUGUUCGAGUGUGAAAUAUGUUUUAAGAAAUUUAUCUAUAAGUACAACUUAACCUAUCAUAUGCGUUAUCAUACCGGUGAAAAUUUAUUUACUUGUACAAUUUGUUACAAAAGUUUUUCGAGACAAGAUCGUUUGAAUCAACAUAUGCCUCUUCAUUCGGAAGAGAGGUUAUUUAAAGUGAAGAAAGUAUACAAAUGCGAGAUAUGCCCAAAGCAGUUCGUCGUCAAACACAAUCUUAUGCUUCACAUGCGAUUCCAUAUCGGUUACAAACCAUACAAAUGUGAAAUUUGCCUUAAAAAUUAUGUUUCGCACAGUAGAUUAAUGCUUCAUAAACGCUGUCACGCCGCUGAAAGACCAUAUAAAUGUGACGUAUGUUCGAAACAAUUUAUAGAAAAAGCAGGCUUAACUCGCCAUAUGCAUUCCCACACUGGAGAAAAGCCCUUUAAAUGCGAAAUUUGUUCUAAGGGAUUCCAACGCAACUAUUACUUAAACAGUCACAUGCUUUCACAUACAGGCGAACGGCCCUAUAAGUGCGACAUCUGUUUAAAAUUCUUCAGAGAUAAAUCAAAUUUGAAUCGACAUAUGCUCUGCCAUACUGGUAAGAAAUCGUUUAAAUGUGAUAUUUGCGACAAACUGUUUAGAGAUGGAACAGGUUUAAGUCGACAUAAACGUUGUCACAGUGGCGAGAAGCCCUUUAAAUGCGAUGUAUGUUCGAGACCGUUUCGAGAAAAGUGUGCUCUGACUCGACACGUUAUGUCUCACACUGGUGAGAAACCGUAUGAAUGUCAAGUUUGUUCGAAAAGAUUUAGACAAACGGGUACUUUACAGAAACAUCUUCGUACUCAUAAUAAAAAGCCUAAAUCUAAUAAAAAAAAGUAAAAAGUAACAUUCAUAUCAAGAAACAUGCAGUUUAUGAACCGUAAAUUUGGUACUACUCCCAUUAUCAAUUGUGUUUUUGUUUUUGGUGCAUUUUGUAUUUCCUACUGCUCUUUUGUGACGUCAGUUGGCAGAAAUUUAUUCUGUUCUUUUAAUGGACUGAGAUUCUUAAUGGCAUAAUUUAAAGAUAAGAAGAUACAUACAGUUGUAGCGUUGCUUUCCCGCUACAUUAGCCCGACUGAAUUUUUAUGAUCACUUUUCCCAAAAGAUAGACGGUUUGUAAUUUUUAAUUUAUUAUGUAACUUAACUAUGAUCAAGCAAGGGUAUAAAGAAUGCAACAAUAUAUCUUAAGAGAUGCAACACGAAACUAUAGAAACGGUGGAAGAAUUCUGUCAUGUGUAGACUUCAAAAACAGCGCAUCCAAAGAAAUGAAAAGAAUAUGUGAGGCUAACUGCUGUUGUCUUGGCCUAGGCCCUCAACUAAGACAGAUGUAGGUCAACUCAACAGCAAGAAUAAUACGCCCAGUGCUCACGUAUGGAUCGGAAAUAUGGAAAAUACGACUCGAGAUAAAGAGUUACUACGAAUCUUUGAAAAAAGAAUUGAAGACCGUAUGUGGAGGAGUUAUCGAACAGGUUCUAUGGAGAAGGCGAUAUAAUUUCAAACUCUAUUGACUUUUUGGUGAUGCAGAUUUCCUAAAUACCAUCAAAAUAAACCGCCUAAGAUGGGGAGCCACGUUCUGUAGAUGGAUGAAAGCUAAAAUAACUAAGCUAAAUUGGCCUGUCGGAAGAAGGAGGGGAAACAUAAACUCAGAUAUAUGGACGAUGCGCAAGAAGAUUUAAAGGAGAUUGAAGAAAGAAGUUUAUUAAAAGAAGUUUUAAUGUGGAACAGGUUACAGGUUUGGAACGUCAGACUACGAAAACGUCCCAUGUAUUUUGUCAGACAGAAUUUCCAAUUAAUUUGUUACGCUUUCAUGAAACUCUCAUGCAAAAUUCAGACUGCUAUUUACCACCAACAUAAUUCCUGUCAUUUGACAUGUUCUAAGUGUCAGACUUAUUAAAAUGCCCAGUUGGUAAUAAAUAGCAGUCUGAUUUUUGCAUUAGAGUUUAAUGAAAGGAUAAAAAAUCAAUUGGAAGUUCUGUCCGACAAAAUAUAUGAGACUUUUUCGUAGUCUGACGUUUCAAACCUGUAACCUGUUCCACAAUGAAAACUUGCCCUAUUCCGACUAGACACCGUUAAGCUAUUAACAAAUUUUCAGCUUGCAAUUAAUAAAAUUUCUUUGAUACGCGGAAUCCAGGCCUAAUAGUAACAAUGAAGAAUAUGAAAAGAGCAAAAUCAGAACACAUAUAGGAAAAAAGAAACGAUAGCUUCUUCAGACCUCUAUAAAAACAACAAAAAUAAGUUGAACUUUAUAACAAAAUGAAUCAAAAAGUAAAUAAUGUUUAUUUGUAAAAAUAAAUGUGUAGUAUGUAAAUUAGGUUUGUGAAUUUUUACAUUCGUAUAAAUUAUAAGUCGAGACCCUGUCCUGGAUGAAACAGUGAGAAGUAUCAUUACUGAUCCGUAAAUAAAUUAGAAAUUAAAAGAAAUUACAAAAUUUAAAAAUUGUAUAAAAGAAGUUCAAGCUGAGAAAACUAAGAAAUAACAUAAUUAACGCAACAACAGAAGUAAGAGGCGAAAGGAGUAUAGGAAGAAGGAGAGUGUCAUGUGUCAUGGUUGAAGAAUUUGAGGGACUGGUUUAAAUACAGUUCUAUAGAGUUCUUCAGAGCAGCGGUAGAUAGAGUAAAGAUAGUGAUGAUGAUAUCCAACCUCCGAUUAGGAGACGGCACUUAAAGAAGAAGAAGCAAGAGAGAAAAGUAGCUAACACUAACAUGUCAAAAUAUAAAACCCCAUGAUUUAGAAGGGAAGUGAAGACAAAGACCUUUCAGGUCUGAAAUUUGUUUGUAACAGUUUUCGAGGAAAAACCAUUUGUCCUGUCACAUGCAGAGACACGAUCUGAAGUAAAUGUUCGAGUGUGACAUUAUGCUUUAAUACGCCAGUCAAUGGGCGCAAGAAUAGGAUAUUACCUCCGAAUUCUAUCGUACUGCAUGGAUUUUAAUGAAAUUUUGGGAAUAGCCUCUUCUUAUUUCUUAAUUCAAAGUCUACCCUAUGCCGACGUGCGCUUUUAUCGUGGGGGGUGGUUCCCACCCCUUCUGGGGGGUGGAAAAUUUUUCGGUUAAAUUAACGACGGAAAUGGCUAUAGAAGCUAAUGCUAAGCAAAAACUGUUUUAUAUGUUUUUUUGAAAACUCUAUACUUUUUGAGUUAUUCGUGGUUGAAAAUUGGCCAUUUUCAUUAAAAAUGACACCUUUUCGGACGGUUUUUUGCGAAUACCUUAAAAACUAUGCAUCCCACUAAAAAACAUAUAAAACAUUUUUGUAGCUUAUAAGAAAACAAAGAGAUUCGUUCCUUCAUAAAUCUUCUAGUUAUAAUACAAAAAGAUAUAUUAUGGUAGGUGAGAAGAGUUUGUUUUUUUGUGCUUGCUCAAAUCGGUGUAUUUAACUUGAAAUAACGGAGAAGCGGUCGAUUUUAGGUGUAUAAUGCUACCAAUAAAUUUUGUAGUGCUUGAAAAGACCUUUAAAAUGAGCAAUAUUAAAUAUCGAUUACAUUCAAACUAAGUGAGAUAUGCUGCAAAAAAAUUUAUGACUAAUGUAUUUAAAAAAAAUGAGAAGUAUAUUUAACCCCUCAUCCACCAGAAUUUAAAUGCAUCGUUUUCCUUCUACUAUACCUUUUAUUAUAGUACUAUUUAUGUUCAAAAAGUUGGACAGGUUUAAAAUGAAUGGUUUUCUUAAAAAUUUCCCUAUAAUUUGAUUGUAUGAUAACUAGAAGAUUUAUGAAGGAACGAGUCUCUUUGUUUUUUUAUAAGCUACAAAAAUAUUUUAUAUAGUUUUUUUCGUUGAAUGCAUAGUUUUUAAGGUAUUCGCAAAAACCGUCCGAAAAGGUGUCAUUUUUCAAUGAAAAUGCCAAUUUCCAACCACGAAUAACUCAAAAAGUGUUCUUUUCAAAAAAAAAUAUAAAUCAAUUUUUGCUUAGAAUUAGGUUCUCUAGUCACUUCAGUGGUUAUUUUAACCAAAAAAUGUUCCACCCCAAGAGGGGUUGGGAACCACCCCCAAGAUAAAAGCGCACAUCGGCAUGGGGUAGACUUUGUUUCCUGAUGUAUUGCCUAAUUACUCUGAAAAUAUCAAGUAAAUCGAUGUAGUCGGAUGGAAUUCGGAGCCAAAUAUCCUCAUUGACUGCCCUAUUAAGAAGUUUAUCUAUAAAUACAAUAUAGACUAUCAUACGGGUGAAAAUUUAUUUACUUGCAAAAUUUGUUACAAAAGUUUUUCGAGACAAGAUCGUUUGAAUCAACAUAUGCCUCUUCAUUCGGAUGAGAGGUUAUUUAAAGUGAAGAAAGUAUACAAAUGCGAGAUAUGCCCAAAGCAGUUUGUCCAGAUUCCAUAGUGGUUACAAACCAUACAAAUGUGAAAUGUGCCUAAAAAAUUAUGUCUCACACAGUAGAUUAAUGCUUCAUAAACGCUGUCACACCGCUGAAAGACCAUAUAAAUGUGACGUAUGUUCGAAACAAUUUAUAGAAAAAGCAGGCUUAACUCGCCAUAUGCAUUCCCACACUGGAGAAAAGCCCUUUAAAUGCGAAAUUUGUUCUAAGGGAUUCCAACGCAACUACUACUUAAACAGUCACAUGCUUUCACAUACAGGCGAACGGCCCUAUAAGUGCGACAUCUGUUUAAAAUUCUUCAGAGAUAAAUCAAAUUUGAAUCGACAUAUGCUCUGCCAUACUGGUAAGAAAUCGUUUAAAUGUGAUAUUUGCGACAAACUGUUUAGAGAUGGAACAGGCUUAAGUCGACAUAAACGUUGUCACAGUGGCGAGAAGCCCUUUAAAUGCGAUGUAUGUUCGAGACCGUUUCGAGAAAAGUGUGCUCUGACUCGACACGUUAUGUCUCACACUGGUGAAAAACCGUAUGAAUGUCAAGUUUGCUCGAAAAGAUUUAGACAAACGGGGACUUUACAGAAACAUCUUCGUACUCAUAAUAAAAAGACUAAAUCUAUUAAAAAAAGUAAAAAGUAACAUUCAUAUCAAGAAACAUGCAGUUUAUGAACCGUAAAUUUGGUACUACUCCCAUUAAUUAUCAAUUGUAUUUUUGUUUUUGGUGCAUUUUGUAUUUCCUACUACUCUUUUGUGACGUCAGUUGGCAGAAAUAAUGAACUUUAUUCUGUUCUUUUAAUGAACUGAGAUUCUUGAUGGCAUAAUUUGAAACAGCAUUUUGACUGCAAAAACAGCGCAUCCAAAGAAAUGAAAAGAAUAUGUGAGGCUAACUGCUGUUGUCUUGGCCUAGGCCCUCAACUAAGACAGAUGUAGGUCAACAGCAAGAAUAAUACGCCCAGUGCUCACGUACGGAUCGGAAAUAUGGAAAAUGACGACUCGAGAUAAAGAGUUACUACGAAUCUUUGAAAAAAGAAUUGAAGACCGUAUGUGGAGGAGUUAUCGAACAGGUUCUAUGGAGAAGGCGAUAUAAUUUCAAACUCUAUUGACUUUUUGGUGGCUCAGAUUUCCUGAAUAUCAUCAAAAUAAACCGCCUAAGAUGGGUGAGCCACGUUCUGUGGAUGGAUGAAAGCUAAAUUGGCCUGUCGGAAGAAGGAGGGGGAACAUAAACUCAGAUAUAUGGACGAUGCGCAAGAAGAUUUAAAGGAGAUUGAAGAAAGAAGUUUAUUUAAAGAAGUUUUAAUUGUGGAACAGGUUACAGGUUUGGAACGUCAGACUACGAAAACGACCCAUGUAUUUUGUCGGACAGAAUUUCCAAUUAUUUUGUUACCCUUUCAUGAAACUCUCAUGCAAAAAUCAAACAUAACUCUUUACCACCAACAUAAUUCCUGUCAUUUGACAUGUUCUAAGUGUCAGACUUAUUAAAAUGCCCAGUUGGUAAUAAAUAGCAGUCUGAUUUUUGCAUUAGAGUUUAAUGAAAGGAUAAAAAAUCAAUUGGAAGUUCUGUCCGACAAAAUAUAUGGGACGUUUUCGUAGUCUGACGUUUCAAACCUGUAACCUGUUCCACAAUGAAAACUUGCCCUGUUCCGACUAGACACCGUUAAGCUAUUAACAAAUUUUCAGCUUGCAAUUAAUAAAAUUUCUUUGAUACGCGGAAUCCAGGCCUAAUAGUAACAAUGAAGAAUAUGAAAAGAGCAAAAUCAGAACACAUAUAGGAAAAAAGAAACGAUAGCUUCUUCAGACCUCUAUAAAAACAACAAAAAUAAGUUGAACUUUAUAACAAAAUGAAUCAAAAAGUAAAUAAUGUUUAUUUGUAAAAAUAAAUGUGUAGUAUGUAAAUUAGGUUUGUGAAUUUUUACAUUCGUAUAAAUUAUAAGUCGAGACCCUGUCCUGGAUGAAACAGUGAGAAGUAUCAUUACUGAUCCGUAAAUAAAUUAGAAAUUAAAAGAAAUUACAAAAUUUAAAAAUUGUAUAAAAGAAGUUCAAGCUGAGAAAACUAAGAAAUAACAUAAUUAACGCAACAACAGAAGUAAGAGGCGAAAGGAGUAUAGGAAGAAGGAGAGUGUCAUGUGUCAUGGUUGAAGAAUUUGAGGGACUGGUUUAAAUACAGUUCUAUAGAGUUCUUCAGAGCAGCGGUAGAUAGAGUAAAGAUAGUGAUGAUGAUAUCCAACCUCCGAUUAGGAGAUGGCACUUAAAGAAGAAGAAGCAAGAGAGAAAAGUAGCUAACACUAACAUGUCAAAAUAUAAAACCCCAUGGUUUAGAAGGGAAGUGAAGACAAAGACCUUUCAGGUCUGAAAUUUGUUUGUAACGGUUUUCGAGGAAAAACCAUUUGUCCUGUCACAUGCAGAGACACGAUCUGAAGUAAAUGUUCGAGUGUGACAUUAUGCUUUAAUACGCCAGUCAAUGGGCGCAAGAAUAGGAUAUUACCUCCGAAUUCAAUCGUACUGCAUGGAUUUUAAUGAAAUUUUGGGAAUAGCCUCUACUUAUUUCCUAAUUCAAAGUCUACCCUAUGCCGACGUGCGCUUUUAUCGUGGGGGUGGUUCCCACCCCUUCUGGGGGGUGGAAAAUUUUUCGGUUAAAUUAACGACGGAAAUGGCUAUAGAAGCUAAUGCUAAGCAAAAACUGUUUUAUAUGUUUUUUUGAAAACUCUAUACUUUUUGAGUUAUUCGUGAUUGAAAAUUGGCCAUUUUCAUUAAAAAUGACACCUUUUCGGACGGUUUUUUGCGAAUACCCUAAAAACUAUGCAUCCCACUAAAAAACAUAUAAAACAUUUUUGUAGCUUAUAAGAAAACAAAGAGAUUCGUUCCUUCAUAAAUCUUCUAGUUAUAAUACAAAAAGAGAUAUUAUGGUAGGUGAGAAGAGUUUGUUUUUUUGUACUUGCUCAAAUCGGUGUAUUUAACUUGAAAUAACGGAGAAGCGGUCGAUUUUAGGUGUAUAAUGCUACCAAUAAAUUUUGUAGUGCUUGAAAAGACCUUUAAAAUGAGCAAUAUUAAAUGUCGAUUACAUUCAAACUAAGUGAGAUAUGCUGCAAAAAAAUUGAUGACUAAUGUAUUUAAAAAAAAUGAGAAGUAUAUUUAACCCCUCAUCCACCAGAAUUUAAAUGCAUCGUUUUCCUUCUACUAUACCUUUUAUUAUAGUACUAUUUAUGUUCAAAAAGUUGAACGGGUUUAAAAUUAAUGGUUUUUGAAAAAAUUAAGAUCAAAUUAUUGAGCGCAUUUUUAAAUUUUCUUUUUCUCCCUGUAACUUGAAAACAAUAAGAGAUACAGUAAUGAAAAACAAAAACAAAAUUUUUAUCUAAAAAAAACCUACAUUUUGUUCGGUAUCUUUUUUCGUAUCUCUUAUCAUUUUCGAGUUACAUGGAGAAAAAGGGAAAUUUUUAAGAAAACCAUUCAUUUUAAACCUGUCCAACUUUUUGAACAUAGAAAUAACACUAUAAUAAAAAGUAUUGUAGAAGGAAAACGAUGUAUUUAAAUUCUGAUGGAUGAUGGGUUAAAAAUAUACUUCCCAAUUUUUCUUAAAUACAUUAGUAAUCAAUAUUUUGCAGCAUAUCUCGCUUAGGUUGAAUGUAAUCGAUAUUUAAUAUUGCUCAUUUUAAAGGUCUUUUCAAACACUAUAAAGUAUUGGUAGCAUUAUACACCUAAAAUCGACCGUUUCUGUUAUUUCAAGUUGAAUACACCGAUUUGAGCAUGCACCAAAAAACAAACUCUUCUCACUUACCAUAUCUCUUUUUGUCUGAUAACUAGAAGAUUUAUGAAGGAACGAGUCUCUUUGUUUUUUUAUAAGCUACAAAAAUAUUUUAUAUAGUUUUUUUCGUUGAAUGCAUAGUUUUUAAGGUAUUCGCAAAAACCGUCCGAAAAGGUGUCAUUUUUCAAUGAAAAUGCCAAUUUCCAACCACGAAUAACUCAAAAAGUGUUCUUUUCAAAAAAAAAUAUAAAUCAGUUUUUGCUUAGAAUUAGGUUCUCUAGUCACUUCAGUGGUUAUUUUAACCAAAAAAUGUUCCACCCCAAGAGGGGUUGGGAACCACCCCCAAGAUAAAAGCGCACAUCGGCAUGGGGUAGACUUUGUUUCCUGAUGUAUUGCCUAAUUACUCUGAAAAUAUCAAGUAAAUCGAUGUAGUCGGAUGGAAUUCGGAGCCAAAUAUCCUCAUUGACUGCCCUAUUAAGAAGUUUAUCUAUAAAUACAAUAUAGACUAUCAUACGGGUGAAAAUUUAUUUACUUGCAAAAUUUGUUACAAAAGUUUUUCGAGACAAGAUCGUUUGAAUCAACAUAUGCCUCUUCAGUCGGAUGAGAGGUUAUUUAAAGUGAAGAAAGUAUACAAAUGCGAGAUAUGCCCAAAGCAGUUUGUCCAGAUUCCAUAGUGGUUACAAACCAUACAAAUGUGAAAUGUGCCUAAAAAAUUAUGUCUCACACAGUAGAUUAAUGCUUCAUAAACGCUGCCACGCCGCUGAAAGACCAUAUAAAUGUGACGUAUGUUCGAAACAAUUUAUAGAAAAAGCAGGCUUAACUCGCCAUAUGCAUUCCCACACUGGAGAAAAGCCCUUUAAAUGCGAAAUUUGUUCUAAGGGAUUCCAACGCAACUACUACUUAAACAGUCACAUGCUUUCACAUACAGGCGAACGGCCCUAUAAGUGCGACAUCUGUUUAAAAUUCUUUAGAGAUAAAUCAAAUUUGAAUCGACAUAUGCUCUGCCAUACUGGUAAGAAAUCGUUUAAAUGUGAUAUUUGCGACAAACUGUUUAGAGAUGGAACAGGCUUAAGUCGACAUAAACGUUGUCACAGUGGCGAGAAGCCCUUUAAAUGCGAUGUAUGUUCGAGACCGUUUCGAGAAAAGUGUGCUCUGACUCGACACGUUAUGUCUCACACUGGUGAAAAACCGUAUGAAUGUCAAGUUUGCUCGAAAAGAUUUAGACAAACGGGGACUUUACAGAAACAUCUUCGUACUCAUAAUAAAAAGACUAAAUCUAUUAAAAAAAGUAAAAAGUAACACUCCUAUUAGUAAACGCGCAGUUCAGGAACCGUAAAUUUGGUACAUACUACUCCCAUUAUCAAUUGUGUUUUUGUUUAUGGUGCCUUUUCCAUUUCCUAUUACUAUUUUGUGACGUCAGUUGGCAGAAAUAACGAACUUAAGGUUCUUAAUGACAUAAUUUUAAGACAAGAAGACACAUAAAGUUGUAGUGUUGCUUUCCCUCUAAUAUGUGAGGCUAACCGCUGUUAUUUUGGCCUAGGCCUUCAACUAAGACAGAUGUAAGUCAACAGCAACAAAGUGCAAACUUAUAAAACAAUAGUACACCCAGUGCUCACAUACGGAUCGGAAAUAUGACCAAUGACGACUCGAGAUGAAGAGUUGCUACGAAUCUCUGAAAAAAAGAAUUGAGGAUCGUAUAUGGAGGAGUUAACGAACAAGAUCUGUGGAGAAGGCGAUAUAAUUUCGAACUCUAUAGACUUUUUGGUAACGCAGAUAUCGUGAACACCAUCAAAAUAAACCGCCUAAUAUGGGUGGGCCACGUUCUGUGGAUGGAUGAAAGUGAUUCUACUAAAAUAGCCAAGUUAAAUAGGCCGAUCGGAAGAAGAAGAAGGGGGAACCUAAACUCACAUAUCGAGACGAUGCGCAGGAAGAUUUAAAGGAGAUUAGAUGGAGAAGACCGACACUCUACAGCAGAGGUUCCCAACCAGUGUGCCGCGGCACACUGGUGUGCCCUGAAGUCCAUGUAGAUGUGCCGCGAAAUUUGAUUAUACUCACUAUCAUUAUAGAGAUUAUUUACCCAAGUGUGCCGUGGAUGAUCGAGUUUUUAAGUUAGUGUGCCUCAAGCUAAAAAAGGUUGGAAACCGCUGCUCUACAGGGAAGGAUGGAAGAAUAUAUCGCACCCUCAGUGCAAGACUGCAGUAACUCAAAAUUUUAUGAAAAUGAAGUAAUCAUGGAAUUAGAUUGUAAACAUGCAUAUCUAUCCCUGUAAAACUUUAGUAACUUUCAAAUGCUUAAUGGUUUAAAUAUUACAACAACAACAGUUUAACUAUUUUGCGUUUUUGAACAUAAGUUCUGUGCAAAACUGUUGUAACAGAGUUGGUUGUUGUAAUUGGUUUGGGGAAUUUUUAAACUGGCCGUUAGUACAGGUGGCCGUUAACACAGGUUUUACUGUAAAAGUAAAUGUGUCUACACUUUUUACAAUUUUCUCCGUGCAAAACUGUUGUAACUUUGAAAUUCUAAUACUAAAUGUGUAGUGAUUAACAAUUUUUUCCGUGCAAAAGUGUUGUAACUUUAAAAUUCCUAAUUUUUUUUGCAUUAAUAUUAUUUUAUUUAACUUUCUAUUUUUGGUUAAUGUAAUAUAGGCUGAAAAGCAUGCAAAAUCAUAAUCAAAUGUUAAUUUUUCUUAAAACUUAUCUUAAAACUGACUUAUUUUGACUUACUGCAGUCUUGCACUGAGGGUGCGAUAUUGAAACAGGCUAAGGCUCACGAAAGGCUGUAGCGCCAAUUGAUGAUUAUGAUGAUAUAACAUAACAUGUGUAUACAAUUUACCAUGAUCAGGUCUCUACGACAUUAAUACUAUGUCAGCGAUGCUAACUAAUUGAAUUGAACUGAGCUCUAUCUACCACUUUUGCUUUAAUCCUUUGUGGGCGGGCUUUUUUUGUUUCUAUUCGAUGGUGAAUAAUUUGUUUUUAGGACAUAUUAGGGCAAAAAAUAGACAAAAUAAAGGUUUUUUAUAUUAAA